UCGUCGAGGCUCCACUCGGGGUGGUCCGGUUCGGAAAAAUACUAGCUUCUCUUCAUUAUCCGUCGGUCUCGUGUGUGUACUAAGUACUUGUGCAAGAGUUUCCGAGCUUUGGUGACAGGAAAAAUUCCACCACAUCGUCGUCGCCAACCAAACUGUGUGUGUUUCCUGGUUGUCUGAGGCUGGUUGACGGGGCUGAGCCUGAAUGUCCCAUCAAGGACCAGCGCGGCGGAAGCAAGAGGGAAAAUGAAUGGCAAAGACGAAUCCUAAUAAGUCGCGUGUGAGCGGAAAACUAAACCCAAACAAAUCCCCUGAGGAAAAGCUAAGCCCGUAAUUAAAUAUAAAUCAACCCGAAAGCAACCCGCAACCUCGUUGGUUGGUGAGGGAAAUCAUCGCAGGAGGCCACGACACGAAGGAGGUGGUGGAAAAGCGUAAUUUUCCACCGAAAAAAGCACUCUAAACAUGGCCGUCCCAUCGUCCUCGUCCCGCUCGAUGUGGGACGCCGUCACCAGUGGAACCGGCAGCCGGUGGACCCUGGGCACGCUGGUAUUGGUGCACCUGGCCGCGUACAACGAAUCCGGCGGCCCGGGCACCAUGAUCGGAAUGGCCGGUGCGGCCCUGUUUGCCGUCUUUGCAGGGGUGUGCAAAUCCAGCGUAAAGUCCCUGCAAAUGUACUACAUCCGGACGACCCACCGGGUGGACUUUUUCGUGCUCUUCCUGGCCAAGUGGAUGGAAAUUUUGGCCCUCUUUUCGGCGUGUGCCGUCCUCGUUCGCACCCUGAGUUCCUCCCUGGACGCCAUGACCGGUGGGCUGGCAAGAAUGUACAUUUUAGGUCGAAAUUCCCCAGAAAAUGAGCCCUGGCCAGACGUAAUCGGAGUGGUGGUCAUCUUUCUCAUCACCGGGAUGUUUAUGCUCGGGCUGGAAAACACCAAGAUCUUCACCCUGCUGAUGGUGGCCGGCGUGGUGACGGUGGCCACGAUUAUUGCCGUCAUAACCGGGCUCCGGGGGAACUUUGAGCUGUUUCGCAGUGAGGCCGUGCUGCCCAGGGGAGUGGCGGGGCUUCUCUCCGGUGCAGCCCUCACCAGCUUCAGCUUUUCGAGCGACGUCCUAAACGGCAAUUACUGCAAACGACUGUUGGGAUUUGCCGUCAUCUUCCUGGUGCUGCUCUCGAACGGACUAAUUGGUGCGUGCUUGACGGCACUGAUAAAAUUCAGCACCGGCCACGAGUACGAGGCGGUUCCGAUGUUGGCCAUCCUCGAGAACAAAGACUUCCACAAGGCCAUUCCGGCAGUUGCCUGUCUGUUGGUGUUGACCUGUUCCGGUGCCCUGUUGGAGCUGUUCCCCGAGAUGUACAACCAGAUCGUGCAGCUGACCACGUCCGAUUGGAAGAUACUUGCGAAACAGAUUGGCUAUGAGAACCGGGACAGUGGGAGUCCGAUUUUGGCGGUUUUUACUGGGGGUAGUUUGUGUGCCAUGUUGGCGUUUGCGUGUCCGCUGCAGAAUUUGGUGUAUAUUUUGGCCGCUAGUAAUCUGCUGGCAACGUUCCUGAGGGCGUUCUACUUGUUGUAUAUUCCAUUCCGGCCGCAGUACAUGGAGCAGCAGAACGACUCAUCCCUAGCCUACAGCCGGCUCAACACUUCCGCCAAACCACCGGCCAAGCCACCAUCCUCCUCCAGCAACGGCAAUGGCAGCGCCAGCAGCACUUCCCACAAAUCCAAGAAAUCUGUCUGGUUCUUCCGUAAACCCUCGUCGGGCUCCGUCCUGGCCGGAGGUCGCUCCAGCAAAACCCCGAACGGAGGCCCCCACGACCAGGAACACGAACGCGAAUGGCUUCUGCUCGGGGAACCUCCCUCCCCGAAGGCCCCGGACAGUCCGCCGUGCGUCGAGUCGACCAUCCUGUCGGACCAGGUGUCGGACAUUGAGUGCAUUGCGGCGUCGUUGGCCAAGCCGGAAAACACCGACAGUGACGAGGCGGAGGAGGACGAGGACAGUUCCACGGACAUCGAUGCCAUCGUGGACGAGUACCGGCAGAAGGUGAAAGUGUCCGCGGCAGGUCCGCUGGAUAGUAGCACGUUACGGCUUCCGACGACCACCAGCUGGAGGUUUACGGUGAUCUUGAUUGGGUUGAUUACGGUGGGGAGUGUGAUGACCGCGUGCGGGUUGAUGGUUUGGGAGACCAACACGGUUAUGGUGGGAGUUAAUGUGGUUUUCAUUCCAUCCGCCAUUUUGAUGCUGUUUCCGAGGUACGACCAGACGACCUCGACCACGCCCGCGGUGCUCACCUGUGUGAUUACACUUCUUGGGGCGACCGUGCUGUUUGCCGCUUCCUUCGUGCUGUCAUGGCCUGCUCUGGCGCUGUGGUUCAUGGCGGGUCUCUUCCUCUUUAUCCGCUGCGACACGUGGUGCUGCCUGUGCUUGGAACGGCCCACCUCGCACGCCAUGCUGAUCGCUUCAUCUUCCGGCCCAACCAAGCGCACCAUCCGGGUGCCCCGCCCACCCAAGGGUUCCAUCAUCUCGACCCGGAUCGCCGGCCACAGCUGACACUCGGACAGCUCCGAGAGUGAGUUUUUAGUGGAGGAUGACGACGAGGACGAGCAGGAAACGGUGGAGGAGUGGACCGACUGAUGGGUUUAGAGCUCGGGCGAGAGGAUUUUUUUUCUGUCAACAUUCUUGGUGGUUCGUGUCGUGACCCAAAAACCUUGAAACAAUCCGAUCCGAACAAAAAAAACAGAAUGCGUGUUUGCUCUCCCCCGAAUGAAGUUUUGAAGUUUAGCUAAGUGUGAUUUUACAAUAAAAGAAACAUUAAAAUUAUAUUUAAAAAUGUGAUAAACAGCGAAAAUUUGUCUCUUCAAUGUCAAUUUUGAGUAAAAAAAAUGUUAACGACUUAAGUGCAGCCACUUUAAUAUUGAAAUUAAAAAAACGAAACAGAAAUCUAAUAAUUAUAUACGUGUAAGCAGAAAACAAACAGAAGCAAGCAAGCAAUCAUUGCAAAAGAAGUAUUAUGCAAAGCAAAGUUAAACGCGGCUAAAAUGAUUUUAAUUAGAAUACCAAAUCACACAGGAAUAAACCAAACAAAAAAAAAAGCAAGAAGACGAGGUAGAUUCAGCGAUAGCAUUUUUAUACCGUUUUGCAGAGACUUAGAGUGUAGGUGCAAAUUUGCACACAGAAUGCUAUUUAUCAAAUUGGAAAAGAUUGUUUGAAAAAAAAAAUCUCACAGAAGAGCGGCCUUUCAGUAGGGUUUUAUAAAACCAAAAAGUUACACACAGUCACAGUCAGUGCAGAGGAAACCAAAGAAAAGUAGUGUUAUUUUUUUAAAAAAGAAGCUUGCAAACUAAAACAUAAAU